AUGGCCGGGAAGGAGAUGACACCGGCCUCCAAGGCGGCGGCGCCACCGGCGACGAUACGCCUCCUCGAUGAGGUGAAGCGGACACGAGGGGAGCGGGUGGAGGACGGCACCGCGCAGCGCGACAAACCCCUCUUCCAGAUCCUACAGGAGAACAAGGAGAAGAAGGACGCCGAGUUCAACGAGCGGUUCAAGCACAGACCUCCAAAGGCUUUGGAUGAGGAUGAGACAGAGUUUCUUGAUAAAUGGGCUUCGUCAAGAAAGGAAUAUGAACAGCAGGUGGCCAAUGAAGAAGCGGAACAGCUCCGCAGUUUCCAUGAGGCUGUAGCUGCACGGUCCAAUAUUGUUCAUGAACUCGAGACUCCAACAGUAUCUAGACCUGAGGAGAGCAGACCUAAGCCACCUACGAAGAGGAGCCAGCCCGCACUCCUGAAGAACGUAAUAAUUUCCGUGAAGCCGCAAGCCAAGAAACCAAAGGUUGAGGCGGAAGCUAAGCCUGCUCCCGAGGAGCGGCCUUCAAAUGGGCAUGACGCAGAUCAGAAGCAACCAGAUGACACAAAGGCAACGCUCGGGUCUCUGGUGGCUUAUGACGACGACGAUGACGAAAGUGGGGGAGGACGAUGGAUGACAGUGGCGUUGGAGAGUUCAGGUGUGGAUACCGCAAGAUGA